CAAGAACUAUCUCCAGUUUCCGCUGCUUUCUCCUCCUCGUACUAAUUUUAUCAGCCAUGUUUACGAUUCUGCAUUCGAAGUACCUCCGUCCCGGCCGGGUCUCCUUGACCAGCGCCUUCGUGCUUACCGUGGCAGAACCCACAACUUUACAGCGGAGUCUCCGUCAGGAUGAAAACGGCUCCUCCACCCGACCCUCUCCCAGCUUCGAAAUCCACAAAGACAGCGAGGUGGAUGAACUGCUUCAUAACAACACGAACGCUUCUUCCACUGCAGUUAACUUCGAGACACUAGUGGCACAAAGGUUCAAAGAGAGACGAGAACAUCUUGAAGAACAAUGUUCAGCUCUCAGGGAAAUCUUGCCAAUCCAAGUUCAUAGUCUUUUCAUGAACGCUCUCUUCUUCGUGAAAAAGUAUAACUUCUUCACCUGUAUCACGCCGAAGGUCGGUUCCUCCACCUGGAAAGUACAUCUACUGAGAAUGAAGGGGUUGUCUUCAGAGAUACGGGACCCUCACGACUUCAAUCAACACAUUGCGCUUAAAUUCAGAAACGAAAAGCCGGAGGACUUGUUGCGGUCCAGCGGGGUAACGAAAGUGGUCACGGUCCGGCACCCUUUGUCGCGCCUCCUGUCCGCCUUCCGGAACAAGCUCGGCGGCGGCGACGUCAUCACGCCAGACCCCGCCAUGUUCCGCUUCAUGAGCUCCGUCCUGAGGCACUUCGGCGUGCGCGCGGCCCGGGGCGAGCCAGCCUCCGUUUCCUUCCUCGACUUCAUGAAAUUCGUUGUCUUCCAGGUGGACAGCGGGGAGAGGAUCAACGAGCACUGGCGGCCUUACUCCUGGAACUGCCAGCCGUGCGGCGCCUCCUACGACUACAUCGUCAAAUUGGAGACCUUCGACGACGACCUCCGCUUCAUCGCCAACGCCACGGGCAUCAAGGAGUUCAAGGCGACCAUCCGGGAGAACCAGAGUCCGGCCCGCGAGCAGGACACCGAGGACUUCAGCAAAUACUUCGAGGAUUUCCCCGAAGACCUGCUGAGGGACGUUUACAGGAUCUAUGGCUACGAUUUCAUGCUUUUUGGUUACGAAAUUCCAAGUUUUUUGUUGAAGGUUGUGGAUGCUUAG